CUCUCUCUCUCUCUCUCCUCUUUAUUCCUGUCUUUCACUUCUUUCCGACUGACCAGGAGGUGACUUCUCCAUCCAGCCAGGAUGAUGGAGUUUAUUUCCCCCGGAGUCCCACAUCUUGUUCUGGUUCUCCUGGUUCAGCUGACGGUACAUGCACAGAUUCCACCUCCGCCAGAUGAUAAGGCCCCCAAAGGGAUGAUGUUCGAGGAGGUGAUGGCGAAGAGCAUGUGUCACCCCAUGGAGCAGCUGGUGGACGUGGAGCAGGAGUUCCCUGGAGUCGUCGGCUACAUCUACAUGCCUGCUUGUGUGUCACUAUGGCGAUGCUCUGGUUGCUGCCGGGACGAGUACCUGGAGUGUCAUCCCACCCUCGAACGCAACAUCACUGUGCAGAUGAUAAGAAUUGCUCCUUUCAUAUCCCGCAACCACGUGGAACUGACAUUUGUGGAGCAUCAGAAAUGUGACUGCAGAGCCCGUCAGACACUUCUAAACUAUACCAGCAGCAGCCAGGAGUCCUUCAGGAGUAAACCUCGGCGGAGGAAACUCAAGAAGACAGAGACCGGCUGUGGCAAGCGACCAAGGACAGAUGAGAUUAAGCAAUAUAACAAUAUGUUGUCUGCUGUGCUGCUCUUCUCUCUGGCAUGCCGGUAAUCCACCAACCACUUAAGAUGAGCUGUUGCUGUCGGAGACCACAGAGCGUUAGUAGCACAGUAAUCCAAGGCUGAGGGUUCACACCAACGACUGAAUGUGUAAAACUUCAGUCUUGGAAUAAAUAUAUUCACUUAAUCAAAAAAAAAAGACUAAAACGAGGAAGAGAUUUAAAGACAAGUGAUUCAAAUAAAUCUCAUGAAUUGGCUUAUGUGUGUUUAUGUCAAAUUCUUGAGUGUAUCAGGCAGACAAGCCAACAACAGUUUUGCAAACACUGUGUAUAUAUAAUCUAAUUUACAUGAAAUCUAUUCACUGGAGUGACUUCAACAACAGCAUUGCUCUGCUCUGGCCUCAAAAUUCCAUCUGACCAAACUGUAACUGUAGCUACAUCUAAAGCAAAAAACUUUCUUUACUUUUUUCGCUCAAACUGUUCUGUCUUCAUUCGACAGACAGAACCAAGAGUUAUAUGUGCAAUGAGUUUGGUAUUUGGAAAAGGUCAAAAGCAGCAUGUGUCUGAGGUAAUCUCUUUGUAGUAAUCUCUUUCCUUUCUUUCACCCUCUCAAAUUGUUAUGUCACCAAUAUUGAAUUAUUGUACAGUGAAGAUAAGCUUGAAAAGGACGUGACGCCCAAAAUAAAUACUGAUAAGGCCACACACGAAGCUCAGUUUACUCGUCAGUGAGUAAGUAAGUACUACAUAGUCCGUGAAAUCUUUUUUGAACCCCUUGUGGUUGCUGUGUAAAGCUGUGUAAAUACUCUGAAAAUAACCCUGUUGACAAACUUGAGGUUUGGGAGUUGAAGGGUUUUGUGGAGACAUGUCCUUCAUCUUCACACACAGAUCAAGAUGUAACCGCGCAGUUAAAUCUUGAUCUGUGUACAAAGAUCAUCAUAUAAAGAUCAUCAAGAACUGACAACAGUUCUUGAUGAUCGAUGAUCGAUGAUCUUAGUUGAUGAUCUUUAUAUACAGCCCCUUAGGUAAACAUCAUAUACAAUCCUACCCAUUUGCAUUAUGGGAUUUGUAGGUCGUAAAACCUCAUUCACUGCAGUCUGUUGAAUCAAUUCUUAUCAUUCUGCAUUGAAGCUGUGUCAUCCAACAUCCAAAGGUCGACUUUUCUCAACUCGAUCUUACAUCAUCACUCAUAUUCCCAUCAGGAUGUUGAAAUGGUUUUUGGUCAAUGUCAUCAUCCCUCCUGUCCACAAUGGCCGCAAAAAUCCCUUUCUUCAUUUCCCCUGCAACAUAAAAGCUGACAUUAUAGAGAUUAACACAUUUUUGGAAAAAGUCAAUUCUACAGUGAGAAAAACUGCUUUAUCUGGACAAAGGGGGUGAAACCGACAGAAUAAGAAAUGUUUGCAAAUAUAAUCGGCUUAGCGUGGACGGACGCUGAUGCAAUUUCCAGUCUAAGUGAUGAGGGAUAUGUGGGACAAAGAAAAUACAUUUCAAUGCCUCAGCCCGAAAAAUCGAUUUACUAAUAAUAACUGUAUCUGUAAAGCACUUCUUUUCAAUACAAUUAACAAGGUGAUCUACAACAAUAAAAAUGUUAAAAACAACAUAAAGAAUUCACAAACAAUUAGAGUAAAGAAAUAAUAAUAAUCCAGAUGCAAAUAAUAAAAGCCACGGCCAUCACGCGAUAAAAGCUUUUUUUGACAGAAUAAUAACAUGAAAAGUUAGCCCUAUUAUUAAGAAAUCUCUCCUUUGUGUUGGGAUCCCUUCACCACAACUCAGCACAGAAACACUGUCUCUGGAUAGACAAUGCAUUUUUGCACAGACGAUGAAUUUGGUUUCCCAUAACUUUGUAACCACACCAUGAAAAUACCUAUUUGCAGGCACUGUGUAAUUUAAUAGUCUUUAAAUGUAAGCAUGUAAGUAUUGCUUUGAGACAGAUUUGAAAAAUAAGGUCCUAUUCUUUAACCAUUCAUUAAGGAACCCUAUUAUCAACUCAGCCAUUGAAGCACAUAAUCUUUUCCUCCUUUGGGAACCAGGAACAAUGGGUUAUUUGAAGGAGAUGUGAUCUAUCUGGCGACAACUAGGUCAACUGUUUGGAGCGGUGACGAUCCGGUUUCACCGUGUCCUGUUGCAGAGUCAUUCUGGGUAAAGGUUGUUUUAGGUCUGUUAAAAGUCUGUCAUCAUGGAAGAGCCUGUUUGGCUAUGUGGUUCUGGAAGCUGUCUGGUUAAACAGCCGCACCGUGCCUCGCCUCGACUCCUGCUCCUAACACAUAGUUUGUGCUAAACGCUUAUUAUCUCAUUAUCCCUCCACCGUGUGUUUAGCAGUCAAUGGACCACGUGUUUUUAAUUUCUAGAAAAAUUCAAUGAUAGGAGUACUCAACAAAAACUAAAGUGGAGUUUAACUUAUACAGGCUCUUUAGAAGUUGUUGUGAUGGCGGCCUUGUGGAGUUGGUGUCUUCAUUUCACUGUUGAUAGGGAGGAGCCAGACCCUGAAAGCAGAACUGUGGACGGUGCGGCUAUGCACCAUUGCAAUGUGACCAUUUAACUACAGCAGAGUUCCUCUUGUGAUGAAUUGAGGUUGAAUAUGUAAGCUUUUAUUUGGGGUUUUCAGGAAGACAUUUAGCUUUUUCACUUAAAAAAUACCACUGCACACAUGCUCUAUCCUUGAGUGACCCCUGACCCCCACAGGCCCCUGAGCCUGUGCCCUGUUGACCUUUUCUGUAAUGCAAUCGUAGGUGUCAAAAAUCUCACUUGGUACUGCUGAGACUGCUUUUUUUAGCACAUGGGUCUCUUCAAUGCCACAUGCAUGUUGGAACUGCUGGUAUUAUUACCUGUAGAAAAGUUAAUCAAGAAUGGGCGGAAAUGACUGAGGUGUGUUUUUAUCAAUGGCCACAACCCUUGAAUGGGCCACAACAAUCAAGCUAGAUGAAACUGUAGCUCAUGAAAAAACAUUGUUGUAAAAUUAAAAUUAUUCAAAUGCUCUG